GCACAAGAGGAAGGAAAGUUACGCCAUUUACAUUUACAAAGUGCUGAAGCAGGUCCAUCCCGACACCGGUAUUUCGAGUAAAGCCAUGUCGAUCAUGAAUUCGUUCGUGAACGACAUCUUCGAACGUAUCGCUGCAGAAGCUUCUCGUCUCGCCCAUUACAACAAGCGUUCGACGAUAACCUCGAGGGAGGUUCAGACUUCAGUGAGAUUGUUGUUACCGGGUGAACUCGCCAAGCACGCGGUCAGUGAAGGAACCAAAGCCGUCACGAAAUACACGAGCUCCAAGUAACUUUCUUCAUGACUUCGGUAAUUAUUUCAAACUCACAAAACUGAUGCACGACCGUACGCUGUUCGUAUGCGUGUUUCGGUUGCAUUUACAUCGACAAAAGGCCCUUUUCAGGGCCGCAAAA